CUGACUGUCCCUCUGUGUAAAGGAAUGCCAGGUUACACGGGUCAAUAUACCGACAGCAGACACGGCGAGGUGUAAUUAAACACGACAUUUAUGACUUUUAUGACUUUUAUGGACUUAUUUCACAUCGUUGCUUUGAGGUGAACAUGGGAUGCGGCAGCUCCACAACCACCGCGGUGGUCCAACCGUUGACACAGGGGGAGGUGAAUGGAGACGAGGAGGAGACAGGAAGUAAACUCGGUAGUCGUGGAGACUCUGCCGUGUCAAAGGGCACCACAGACAGCGGGGUGGUGAUGGAGAACAAGGAGAUCCCCGCGUUACCUGGAGCAGUGCCCAGAAAACUCCCUCCUCUAACAUCUGCGUUUGUCAAAGAAAUCGAAGCAGAUAGGAUUACAAAAGACGCAGCCAGCCCAGGAUUGCUGCAGCAGGACAGCACACCGCAGGAGCGCCAAAAGUCCUGUGAGAUCCUGGAGGAGCUCCUGAAUCAGGGUAUCAUCCCAUUAGGACACACCAGACAGGGGAGCAGCAUCUCUGGAGAGGCCUACAGCAUCAUGCUGCAUGACAGAGAUGUCAGGCGAAGGCCUCCUGCAAGAUUGGAGUCUUUGAAGGCCAAAAACAUGCAAAGUCUCCCCAGCAAAGAAGAGAUUGAUGAGAAGAUAAGACUUGUUGAAGAAAGACGCAAGUUAAGAGAAGACGAGCUCAAGAUGCGUUUAAGGACCAAGUCAGCGCGUGUUCGUGUCCGUGCCGCCAUCUCCAGGACAGAGAAAGAUGAAGACAUGUCCCUCACCCCUGUUAACCCCCUACAAUCACCUCUCACCUGUGAACCGACUCCAGCUCUACUGUUUCACGGCCUGACUGACGCCAGUGGAGGAGAGUGUGUAAGAGAGGCUGGAGGUGACGGCACAGAGAGUGAAAAAGAAAUCGGUAAAGCACAGAUGUCAAAAGGGAGUGAGAAGGGAAGAGCGAGUGGAGAUAGCAGAGGGCAAAGUGCAGAGUGGGUGAAUGAGGAUGGUGAUGAGGUGAAGAAAGAGGAGGAGCUAAACGAGGUGGAAGAGCUCCAGGCAGGGCAGCUCCUCACAGCCUCGGGGGAGCUGGAGAGUGAUUCUAGUUUUCAACAUGCAAAAGACAAAGAGGAGACAUUUUAAAUUAAUACAUGAAUGAGCCAUUAAUCAGCACUAAGAGAGAGAAAAGAGAAAGAAAGCCAAAAUAUUUCCUUUUGCACAGAGGUGAUGCCUGUUGAAACUUUUAUAAUUUUAUAACACAUUUAUAAUGUGUAUAUUGUUUGGAGAGAAACUGACAGAUGUAAUUAAACUGUGUUAAAAUGAGGCUAAUGUGGAGGUGAAUUGUUAGCAUCAUUUCCACUGCAGAGCAGCACAUUGGCCCAUAAAUGAUAAUAAUAUUGUAGCUCACUAAUAAGCACAGGAAUAUGAGGGUUUUCUUUGCAAUGUAAUGUCAUUGAACUCAGUGCUUUAAUGAAUAUCACCAAAACUUAAUGUUCUUGCCAACAUACCAAAUUGACUUUUGUGUGACGUUUUAUUUGUUGAAAAAUUAUAUUGUUAAGUCUCAUUUUGCAUGUGAAGAAUGCACUUUGUGCAGUUGCUCUGUUGGACAUAAGAUGGCGCUGUUUCAGUAGGUUGAAGUUGUGUUAACAGCUCUCUGAUGUCAGUACACCAUAUCUAUACGUUGAGGUAUUUAUCAGGAGGAGGUUUUGGCAGCAUGUGAGGAUGUACCUUCUUUUGAGAGGAUGUGUAAGCUGAUGUUGUUAUUAAUCAGUAAAGUCCCCAGUUGUCCCUAAAUGUUGUUCAUGUGAAAGGUUUGUGUUUGUGCUCAGCAAUUUGUCAGAAUCAAAAAUGCAGAACUUUAUGAAAUUUACUCAUUAACCAGAGUAAGUUUUAACUUUUAGCUUUGUUUUUUUCUCCAGGAGAGAGUAGGGGGAGGUUUUCUGCAACUUUGGUGUGACUGUGCUGUGGGUAUUCAGCUGUUCCAGUGACCUUUGACCUUUAGCUUUUCUCUGCCUGACAGGUGUGUGCUAAAGCCAAAUGGGUAACAAGCACAGAGUUACAGUUUCAUCUCCCCAGAACAACAUUCUUUGUCUUGAUUAAAAUGGAAAAAAUCACCUGCAAAAUGUGUAUGUUUGAAUGAAUUACAGGUCCAGCUAACAUGGGAGCCACAUUUAUUGCAUUAAAUGUUUCUGGUGAUGAUUGCUGACACAUUUAUACUGUAAGAUA